GCAGAAUUGGACGUUAAACCGCAAACAUGUUCUUGUUGGUGGAAUUCCUCAGCACUAGCAGAAGGAAAAGGAGAAGAUCCCGGACUUUGUUCGUAUGUUUGGACUGAGUUUGUAUUUGAGCAGUGAAACAAACUGCUGACCCACCGUGUCUACCGCUGUUCUGUCAUGUUUAACACUCGUUAAGCAAGAGUUGUUUAGAAGAGGACGGAGGAAAAAGAGGGAGAAAGUCUUGAUGGAAAGGAGGGGACGUAGGAAGAUGAGCGGGGGGAGCAAAGGAAGGAGCUGAGCAAUGUGGCAAAACUCUUCCCUGCUACGCUGGUGUUUGUGUCGCAGUUAAAGUGAAUUUAACUCUCCAGUCACUGGGCAGCUUUUUGCACUUCUAUCAAAUCUGAUCUAGUUUUCUGCUGCUUCCACCAAUGCAGAGAUGGAGGGAGAGAAGGAGAGACGGAGGCAGCAGCGGGAGGAAAAAGAGAGUAAUGAAGCGGAGGACGACAGGAGAAGUGAUGAAGACACAGACACCAAAGAGGAUGAGGAUGAAGAUACAGAGGGUGCAGCGCUGGUCUGGCAGGAAGGCUACGGUGAAGACAAUUUGGGCCUUCCCAUCAUGCACUGGGAAGCGCUGAGUCUGCGCAUUGCUGAGCUGGAGAAGCAAGAAGAGGAGAAAAAGGAGAAAAGGGCAAAGAGUGGAAUAUCUCUGGAAAGAGGCAGAACUCCAGUUAGCUGGACAGAAGAGAGAGGCAGGAGAGCAGAGAGCUGGGAGGACGGAGACGACGCAUGCAACAGCCACGUGCUGGCACUCACUUCCCGCCUGCAGACCCAGAUGAAUCUUCAGCUUUGCUUCAUCAACAACAGUGAAAGUGAAGAGGAGGAGGAGGAGGAGGAGGAGAAGGAAGAUCUUAGCAAGAAGAGCUCCAGUUCAUGGUUAAAGAGAGGAACAGUCCAGGUCCAGAAGAAUCCUCCGCCUGCUUCGAAGCCAGAGAAACCCAAGUCCCGUGGCUUCAGGAACACACUGAGGAGCCUGCGUGACAGACUGAGAACAGACCACAAAACAGUGACGACAGCUCAUACCGCUCCUGUGAUCCAGAGGAGACAUUUGGAGCGCAGUGAUCUCCAGAGCUUCAGUGUCAAGGAGCUGAAUGAUCUUUGUUCGUCUCUCAGUCAGACCAUACAAGACCUGAGCUCAGAGCUCGUGGGCAGCCUCCAGGUGCGAGACCAGCUGAGGACCGAGCAGGACGCCAUGCUGUUGGAGGUCCAGGAUCUGACAUCACUGUGAGCCAUCAGCAGAAGUCCCAUCUGUCCAACAGUGACAACGAGUUAUGGCGCAUUAAAACGCUUGAACGCGUAUCCCGGUGAAUGAACGCUGUUGUGAGCGCAACAGGGCCACACUGGUCCUCACAAACAUGUCAAUUUGACCAAAGUCUUAGAGUGACCUGCCCAGUCACUGUGAAGACCUGAAAGAACUUGGAUGUUCAGUUGCACACUUGUUUUGUUUGUUUGUUUUUCUUCCUUUUAUUGUCAUAACUUUAUAUGUUUUCAAAGGGAAAUUUCGUCUCAAUAAAAGACAUAGUUUUAAAAUUAACAUGUGACAAAGCAUCAUGUCAGAGGAAUACUGCCGGUAAGUUGAACUGAACUGGACACAGUCGUUUGCAGUUGCAGUAUUUCCCACACAAUUCAAAUUAUCGAUGGCUAUAGCAGCCAUUUCAUUCAUGUGCUUCAUCUACAACACAGCCUGACACUUUGUUUCCACGUAGAUCGAUGUUCUUAUGCAAUUCCAAAUUCCAAAUUCUAAAUAUCAUUCUUAUUUGAUAUUCUACAAAACCAGGCUAAAAAAAAAUGCAUGUACAUCCAUAUUCAUACAGAAAUGCUUUCCCACGCAUUGACCAAGAGGGGAUGGAAAAUUACUGUAACUGUAACAUUGCUGUAACGUGUAGAAUUUUAGUCGUUGGCUAAUGAAUGGAGAGAAUAGAAGACUGUACACGUAUGCCGAUGACAUUGACGUUUCCUUUUUGAAUAAAAUGCCACUGUAUUUUACAGGGACAAUUAGGGGAUUUUUAAAUUGUGGUUGUGUGAGUUACCGACACAUAAUCAGCACCUUAGGGCACGUUUCCACUAGCUUGACUCGACUCACCUACUGGUACGUGGUACUGUUUUUUUUCAGUACCUGCUCUGGCGAGGUUCCAAACGAGCCAAGGUGACACUUUACAGGUGACAGACUGCCGGCCACUGAUUGGUCAGAGUGCCGUCACAGGAAGAGACAUGAGCAAGACGUCCGACACAAGAAUCAAGCCGGACAAUGCCGAACUGUAGAUCAGUUAAAAAGACUUAACAAUCCUAAAAAUGUGGGUGGAUCUCCAACGAUUACCAGGGACCACAAACACUGCCGCUGCCUGUCAGUCCAGUGACCGUGUCAGACGGAGUACUGAACAAGUAUGUUUAAUUAACGGAUUCUAAUGAUUCAGUUACACUGAAAACAACUGCUUUACAAGUCACUUGUGUGUCUACCCAAACCGUGCUGUGCUGAGGCGAGGCGAGCUGGGACCAUAGGUGGAAAAGGGCCUUUAGAAAAGAAUCUGGAUUGUCCCUUUAAAUUCCAGUAUAAAGGGAGUUAUGAAAAGCUGCUUAUUUUGUCAAGUGAACAAUCUGUCUAGUGUGUCUAGUGUAGUGUAUGUUGUUUUUUUGUAUACAUGCAUGUUUUUAGGUGUAUUGGGGUGUAUUUGUGCUCUUAUGUACAAGAAAUGUAGCAGUUGUUUAUCUUUUUUAACAGUCUUAUUACAAGUUUGAUACUUUACACUUAACAGACGCUACAUAAACACAAUGUUUACUUGA